AUGGAGGUGGAAGUUGUCGUUUCAAAAACAACAAAGAAGAGAAAAAGUUAUGGCCGUGUAAAAGAUGUCAUGAAAAAAAUUAGGCCUAAUAGUCAUACUACAGGUAAAGACUGCAAAUUCCACAGAUUAAAAUGCUUUGAAAAUAGUUUAUUAGAUUGUAGACUAAGAAUAAUAAGACAGUUUAAUGAACUGAAUUCGUAUGAUAAACAAAAUAGCUACUUGGGAGGUCUUGUUAAAGCUGUACCAGUGCAAAGCCGUAGGAGCAGAAAACCACACGAGGAGACAAAGAUUAACCAGAGUUGA